GGCCGGCCAUGGAGCGCGCGGCGCCGGGGGAGGUGCGCAUGAGCCGCGCCAUCAGCCCCGCGCACGCCAACCCCCGCGGCGAGCUGAGCGCCGGGCAGCUGCUCAAGUGGGUCGACGCCGCCGCCUGCCUGGCGGCCGAAAAACAUGCUGGGGUUUCCUGUGUUACAGCCUCAGUGGAUGACAUACGAUUCGAGGAGACUGCUAAAGUUGGACAAGUUCUAACCAUCAAAGCAAAAGUUACCAGAGCAUUCAGCACAAGCAUGGAGAUCAGCAUCAAGGUCAUAGUACAGGACAUGUUCACUGGUGUUGAGAAACUUGUUAGUGUGGCUUUCUCUACAUUUGUAGCCAAACCAAUUGGAAAAGAAAAGAUUCAUUUAAAACCAGUCAUACUUCUAACUGAGCAAGAUCAUGUGGAACAUAAUCUGGCUUCUGAGAGAAGGAAAGUUCGACUGCAUCAUGAAGAUACCUUUAAAAACUUGAUGAAGGAAAAUAGCAAGUUUGAUGACCCCAUUUGUGAUGAAGGAAUGGUUUCCACAAGUGGCACAUCUGUUCAGAGUAUUGAACUUGUCCUUCCACCCCAUGCAAACCAUCAUGGAAAUACUUUUGGUGGCCAAAUUAUGGCUUGGAUGGAGACCGUGGCUACUAUUUCUGCAAGCCGCCUCUGUGGGGCGCACCCUCUUCUGAAGUCCGUGGACAUGUUUAAGUUCCGGGGACCAUCCACUGUGGGAGAUCGGCUGGUUUUCAAUGCCAUUGUCAACAAUACAUUUCAAACCUGUGUGGAAGUGGGAGUGCGCGUGGAGGCCUUUGACUGUCAGGAGUGGUCUGAGGGCCGGGGCCGGCACAUCAACAGUGCUUUUCUCAUUUAUAAUGCUGUCAAUGAUAAGGAAGAACUGGUCACAUUUCCCAGAAUCAAACCCAUGUCAAAGGACGAUUUGAGACGGUAUCAUGGAGCUAUUGCACGCAAGAGAAUUCGCCUAGGCAGAAAAUAUGUUAUUUCCCACAAAGAAGAGGUACCACUCUGUGUACACUGGGACGUAACCAACCAGGUAUCCCUGAGUAACGCCAAUGUGGAGGCUCUCAAAAAUCUGGCAGCCAGAAGUGGUUGGGAGGUUACCAGUGUGGUGGAAAAGAUAAAAAUAUAUACCCUGGAAGAGAAUGACAUUUUAUCUGUUUGGGUUGAGAAACAUGUGGAAAGGCCUGCACACUUGACUUACCAUCUCUUGUCUGACUUUACCAAGAGACCUUUGUGGGACCCCCAUUACGUGUCCUGUGAAGUCAUAGACUGCGUGAGUGAAGAUGAUCAGAUAUAUUAUAUCACUUGUCCUGUAGUGAAUGGUGACAAACCCAAAGACUUGGUAGUACUUGUAUCACGAAGAAGGCCUCUCAAAGAUGGCAACACUUACACGGUGGCAGUGAAGUCGGUUACUCUACCAUCAGUUCCACCUUCUCCUCAGUACAGCAGAAGUGAAAUUUUAUGUGCUGGAUUUCUCAUCCAUGCUAUUGACAGCAGUUCCUGUACCGUAUCAUACUUCAACCAGAUUUCUGCUAGCAUCUCCCCUUACUUUGCUGGAAAUCUUGGUGGCUGGUCAAAAUCCAUCGAAGAGACAGCAGCCUCUUGUAUACAAUUCAUAGAGAAUGCUACUGAUGAUGGGUUGAUAGACAUAUUUUAAACGGUAAACUUUCAAUUACCUGUAAUUUUAUUUCCUACCUUUAAUUCCAACUAGCCCAGGCACUUGGUAAGCCUUUGGGUCACAAAAUAAUUUAAUAUUAGUCUAAGCAAAAUGCAGGUAGAAAGGGAUUAAAAAAUAAAAUUCAUGGGAUGCCUGGGUGGCUAAGUGGUUGAGCACCUGCCUUUGGCCCAGGCUGUGAUGGAGUCCCGGGAUCAAGACCCAUAAUGGGCUUCCUGCAUGGAGCCUGCUUCUCCCUCUGCCUGUGU